AUGGCUAACUACACCGAAACGUUUGCUGCAUGGACAGCUAUUUGCCUGACCGAUCAUACACUUUUGGGAGAAAAUGACACAGAAGAAGAUAUAAGAUUACUUUGUCAGGAGGCUGUUAAAACAUGCCCAUUCGCAGCAGCAGUUUGUGUGUAUCCCAAGUUUGUGAAAUUCAUCAAUGAUAAAAUUAAAAAAGAAAUUAAUCCAUUUAAACCCAAAAUUGCAUGUGUAAUAAAUUUUCCACAUGGUUCAGAUUCAAUGGAAAAGGUGUUAGACGAUACAAAAAAAGCAUUAACAGAUGGAGUUGAUGAAAUUGAUAUUGUAAUAAAUUAUAAAAAAAUUUUACAAAACCCAGAAGAAGGAUUAAAAGAAGCCACCAAUUUAACGAAAAGUGUUAAAGAUCUAAUGAAAGAAAAAAUACUCAAAGUAAUAAUAGAAGUUGGGGAACUUAAAUCUGAGGAUUUAAUUGUUAAGACUACUUUAGCAGUACUUGAAGGAAAUGCAGAUUUUGUCAAAACAUCAACUGGAAAGGUACAAAUUAAUGCAACACCAACUGCAGUUAAAUAUAUUAUAAAGGCAAUCAAACAAUACAUAGAAAAAAAUCCACAGAAAAAGGAAAAAAUCGGAUUAAAAGUAGCCGGAGGGGUAACAGAUAUUAGCUCAGCUAGUUACUAUAUCUUACUAGGUAGAACUGUUUUUAGUGCUCUUGCUUGCCACCCGAAUAACUUUCGCAUCGGUUCGUCUUCCCUCGUCCCGAAAUUGAGAAAAAUCAUUGCGAACUGUCCCCCGUGUUAA